GUGGGGUCCCACGUUGGGACUGGUCGAUCUCGGCACCGCUCCAGAAAGGCCUCCGAGUAGGUGGGUCCAAAAUAGGGACUCGGACGGGAAGGUUGGCCGUUGUUGACUCCACUCCUGUUGGCUCGCGGGUGUGAGUGGGUCCGAAGAAUGCAGGACUCGGGUGGCCAUUCAACAGUAAGCUGAUGUGUUUAUGGUAAUACUGUAUGUACGAUCCUUGGGCGGAGUCUUUCUCCCCUAGCACGAGGGCAUGCUAGAUUGGGUGUGGGAGAAUGUCACGGAUGAUAUCUCCGUGAUUGUGUAAAGACCAAUAUAAUGAACGAUCCGCUGGUUAGCCUCGCACAAUAUGGGUAAAGGGGGCGACAUUGGCAUUGGGUACGUUCUACCUCAGUCUUCGGGCUGAGUGCAUAACUAAUCGGGGGCUCGUGCCGCCUCCCUGAUGAGCCCAUGGCAGGGCGAAAACAGUGUGAUUCGUAUGUGGUAAGGCUUGUCUUGAGGAUUAUGGGGUCCUCAGAAUGCCGCAUGAGUGCCAUGUGUUGUGUCAGACUCUUAGCCCGUGACAACUUGCUUGAAAACAAUACCAGGCUGCAUAAUCAGCUUUGUGAAAAACAUGGGGAAGAUUAAAAAAAAUAUAAUCCACGAUGGAAGCAUUAAGAUCAUCCAGCUCAUUUUUAAAAGCAACCCCGACUUGCCCCUCCUCCUGCUAUAAUCAAUUCAUCUCCUUAAGUUCUAAUGGCCUCCGGCGGCCACAUCAACGGCACUGCCGUUUCCCGCUUACCCAAAAAGCUCAAACUCUCUUCUCCUUCUUCUUCGCCUUUCAUCACUCGCUCCGAAAUCGAAUCCGAGUUCUCUCACCACGACCCUGCCGUCGCUCGCCUUAACAACGGUGCCUUCGGGUGCUGCCCCGCUUCUGUUAUCUCCGCUCAGCAAGAAUGGAAUCUCAAGUAUCUCAGUCAACCCGACGAUUUCUACUUGAACCACCUCCAGAAGGGGAUUCUUCAAUCCAGAACCAUUAUCAAAGAGCUCGUUCACGCGGAACUACUUGACGAGAUUUCCAUCGUCGAUAACGCCACAACGGCUGCUGCUAUUGUUCUUCAGCAGGUCGCUUGGGCUUUUCACGAAGGCAAAUUCCACAGAGGAGAUGUCGCCAUUAUGCUCCAUUACACUUAUGGAGCUGUCAAGAAGUCAAUAGAGGCCUAUGUCGUACGUUCUGGAGGUGAAGUCAUCGAACGCCUUCCCUUUCCUGUGAGCUCCGAUCAGGAGAUUAUAAGCGAAUUUAGGAGGGCGUUGGAAAGAGGAAAGGCUGAUGGCAAGAGGGUUAGAUUAGCUGUGAUCGAUCACGUCACUUCAAUGCCCAGCGUGGUGAUUCCGGUGAAGGAACUGGUUAAGAUUUGCAGGGAAGAAAAUGUUGAACAAGUUUUCGUGGAUGCAGCCCAUGCUAUUGGGUGUACGGAUGUUGAUAUGAAGGAGAUCGGUGCAGACUUCUACACCAGCAAUUUGCAUAAGUGGUUCUUCUGCCCUCCUUCCAUUGCUUUCUUGUAUUGUCGCAGGUCACCCAAGUCCUCUGAUUUGCACCAUCCUGUGGUGUCUCAUGAGUAUGGCAAGGGGCUGGCCGUAGAAUGUUCUUGGAUUGGCACGAGGGAUUAUAGUCCCCAGCUGGUUGCUCCUGCAGUUUUGAGGUUUGUGGACAGAUUCGAAGGUGGUAUUGAAGGGAUUAAGAAGAGGAAUCAUGAUGCUGUCGUAGAGAUGGGAGAGAUGUUGGCUCAAGCUUGGGGGACUCAUCUAGGUACCCCUCCACAAAUGUGUGCCAGCAUGAUCAUGGUAGGCCUGCCUGCUUCUCUGGGGAUUACUUGUGAUUCUGAUGCUAUCAAGUUAAGGACUCAUUUGAGGGGCAAUCUUGGGAUUGAAGUCCCAAUAUAUUUCAGGACUCCAGAAGAUGGAGAGGUUGGCUCUGUGACUGGAUAUGCUCGAAUUUCUCACCAAGUCUAUAACAAGGUUGAUGAUUAUUACAAGUUCAGGGACGCAAUCAAUCAACUCGUACGCGAUGGCCUGGAUUGUGCGCUUCUGUCUGAUUGAAUAUGGCCUCGCAGCUCUAAACUUUCCUCAAGGUAGAUAGAUACCUUCUCGUUUUUAUUUUCUGAAAGUCUUGAUGGAUUCAGGGCAUUUGAAAUUAACAGACACUGUAGGAUCAGAUGUUUCCCCUGCUGCUGGUCUGAUGAAAGAGCAACUUUCUCCCGCGUGGGCUUGGCUUUCAUUAGCGAACUGUAUAGUUAACGAUCAAAUCAGUAUGUAAAAAUGAGCAGUUUGGUAAAUUCUCUCAAAGCUACUCAAUUCCGUGCCACGUUUGAACUAUAACCCGACUACAGCAGCAGGGUGUUACGGUUAUUUCAAAAAUUAUUUUCUAGUUGUUCUUGCUAGAACCACGAUUGAGAGCGAUCUUUUGUUUGUCUGCAGAGUACAUACAGUUGAAUGUAAAUAAUAAAAGCAAGGAAUCUAUGGUUGCUUGCAAGAUUGGCUAGUGAUGACGAUGGUUUUGAUA